AUGGCGACAGCUGCGGAGGGAGACGGUGGCGGCACCGUCGUCGCACGGUUAUUCGUGGGCGGGCUAGCGGAGGGCGUGUCCGCGGCCGACCUGGAGGGCGUGUUCGGCUCCAUCGGCCGCGUCGCCGGCGUCGAGUUCGUGCGCACCAGCGGCCGCUGCUUCGCCUACGUCGACUUCCAAUGUCCCUCCGACAAAGCCCUCACCAAGCUCUUUUCCACCUACAAUGGGUGUAAAUGGAAAGGGGGGAAGCUUAAACUGGAGAAGGCCAAGGAGCACUACCUGGUUCGGCUGAAGCGAGAAUGGGAGCAGGAAGCAGCAGCGGCACAAGAAGUGCCAGCAGAAGAAAAUGUGGAGAAGCCGGAGGAUAAGGAGAAACUGAAGCUGGAGAGGGAUGCUUUGCUCACUUCAAAGGUCAACAUCUACUUCCCUAAAUUGAGGAAGCUGAGACCUUUGCCUUUCAAAGGCAGUGGAAAGCACAAAUACAGUUUCAGAAAUAUUGAAGUCCCUUCCUACCCGAUUCAUUUCUGUGACUGUGAGGAGCACUGUGGACCUCCUGAGAAAGCUAAUGAGGAAUAUGCUGCUGCUCUGAAUCGUGUUGCAUCUGAGAAAGAGCGCAGCAUUAUGAAUUCUGUGAUGAGUAAGCUCUUGGAGAAGGACAAUGAACAACUAGAUACAGAGGAAGUGCAGAAACGCGAUGAUGAUGUUAACAUCACGGAACCCUCUGAUGCCGAGACAGAACCCUCUGAUUCUGACACAGAACCCUCUGAUGAGGAGAAUGAUCUGCGAAUCGAAGAAACAAAAGAGACCGCUGAAGAAGAUUUGGAUGACCUCCAAAUGGAAGAAACGGAUGAUCCUUCUGAAGAAGAAUUGGAUGAUGACCUUGUGAUCAACAUUGUUACUCGCAAGGCGAAUAAAUCAGUUGUCCAGUCUAAUGUGGCAACCCAAGCAGUGAAUAAGGACGAGCAGUUCAGAAAACGGAAGCAAUUCGAAGAUGCUUCUGCACAGAACAAGAGACAGAAAUUAGAAGAUUCAUCUGAACCUAGAAAUAAGAAACAAUCUAGUUCAGUGAUUUCAGAAAGGAAGACUACACCGAAGUCUUUGUCUGCUAUAUCAGGAGCCAACCAUAGCAAACAAAAAUCCUCUGGUUUGCCACUAGGAGGAACCCAUGGUUUCUCCUCCGUACUUGAUAGAGCUAAAAGCUCUGGUGGUCUUCAAGGUGUUGAUGCUCUAACAGAUCCUUCUACCAAAAAGGAAGGUUCACAAAGUGAGCUUGCUACUGAACCGAAAAAGGGUUCCUUGUGGACUCAGAAAUCUGCCUGGAGAGACCUUGUAGGAGGCAUGGGGGCUGCAUCUUUCAGUUUAUCACAGGUAUUGCCGAACACCAAUCCAGCACCAGCGAAACUUCCAACUGGUUCCUGGACCUCUGUUGCACGCGCUGAAUCCAAGAAGAAAGUGACAUUUGUUGAGGAAUCUUUGAAUUCUGUGGAGGCUGUAACUCAGCCCUCGGCUGGACAGAAGUUACUGCCGAGUUCAGUGGGAGCGCCAUCUACUGGAACUACAGAUGGUUCAGCUGGCCAUGACUCUCUGGAGAGCAGUGAGAACAACAAGGUAGUAGAAGCGCGCAUGGUCCCAAAAAUUACCAUCAGUGAAGUCUGCCCGUUCAUGAGAAACAAAGAGUCGGAGCAGCAAUGGUCAAAGGCGAAGAAGGUUCUGACUGGGUUCAACAAGAGGGGCGAAGAGAAAGCGGGAUCAAGCAACGCCGGGAGAGGAAAGGCACCUUCAAGGAGAAGAUAACCACAUGUUCUUGGGACAACUUUCCGACCUACCGUGUACCGUCAUCAACCCUUACCAGAUCACAGUCGCUCUUUGAUCUGAAGGUUGACUCCUGCAAAUUUUGUUUUUGAUUCUGUGCUGAAGCCUCUCGACGAGAUAUUGACCAUGGCUCCUUGUAACAUUUACUGAUCCGUGGAACCCUUGGAUAUAGCCACAUUAUUUAUGUGAAAC